AUGUUCUCCAAGUCAAUUCUUAACGCCCUCCUCCUCGCCCUCCCGGCCCUGGCGUCCGCUGUCGCAUUGCCGGCCCAGCUGAAGGUGCCCGAGAUCAGCAAGCGCAUCGAUGCCUGCUCCAACUACCAUCCCAUGACCCUCGGCCGUCUCGUGCUGCACAACAGCGCUCCGAUCGCAGCAUACGUCCGCUGGAGCUAUACUGACACGUCGACCUGGGCCGUGCUCCCCGGCGGCGACGUGCUGGCCGGCGCCGAGCACACCUACACGCGCAACGGCGACCUCAGCGUCAUCCAGCGCAACCGCCAGUUUUAUCUGCAGGUUUGCGACGACACCAACGUCAUCGGCUAUGACUGUGUGAAUGUCGAGGGUUACUUUAACAUCCCCGCCAACCCCAAUCCCUCUUGGGAGGCCAAGAUCACAGUCGAGGACGAAGGGCUCAUCUCCUUCGAUCCCGUCUGCGACGUCACCGGACCUGUUUAA